AUUUCCGUUUAGAUUAACUACAAAAUGGUUUGUAAACAGUGUUUGCUCUAGUGUACAAUGGGAUUUCAUUACUGCAGUCAACAUUGGAUACGUUACACAGAGUAGAACAAUCAAUCAGCGACAAAAUAUUUUAGAAAAUGACUGGAGGGCGAAAAUCCGCAUCCGAUUGGUGCCUUAACAAACACGAUGUCAUUUGCGAUUUUAUGCACAAUCUGUUGCCAUGUCGGUAUUUUGAAAGAGACAAGAUUCAGAGUGAUCCUACUAACAGCAAAUACAUUAUGUGAGAUAGUUAUCAGACAUGGAUAACUACUUGUCUAGACUUGCCACGUUCUUUUCCUUUCCGUUCACAUCUCCUGUUUCAAUAACUUCUCUGGCCGAGUCAGGUUUUCAUUAUACUGGAAAUAAAGACGAGGUUGUUUGUCAUCGUUGUCUGUUGAGAUAUAGUGGGUGGCAGAGACAGGACAAUCCAAUGGCUAUCCACAUUACGAUGUCUCCUAAUUGCACAUUUGGGUUAAAGUCAAAUGACAAAGUGCGUAAUGGCAGUCACUGUAACUUUUCUGUUGGUGAUGUAAGUCCACAGGAGAAAAUAGAAUGCAACGGUGGUGCCAUCGGUGGACCAUUGGGUGGUACUAUGAACAAAACAAAAGAGUCAAUAAAACAAGACACUACUGUUUCUGGCCAACAGUCAUCAACUGUAAGUUACCGGGAAACUGACGAUUCUUUAUUUGCAACGAGAAAUGCUAAUUUCCCGCACAAAGUGAUUGACUCUAAUCUGACACCAUCAUCAGAUACCAUUACUUCAUCUACGAGUCAAAUCCUGACCAAUAAACAUUCCGUUGCAGAAUUCGACGUGUUGAGCCAGAACAUAGCUGAUCGUUCAACAGGAGGGAAUAGUGCACAACCUCUUGUGCACACGAAUCGACCGGAAACCGACUCACUAGAACCUGAGAUCCAUAGAUCCGGAGAGGACAUUCCUAAUACUAUAAGGACAGGUCACGAUCCUGCUAACAAUCUGGAAACCAAUCAUGACAUAUUCUCUCAAGCAUCGCAAGCGCUGAACGCAGUCAACCCGCGCUAUCCACAGUUUGCAGUACUUGCCGUACGGUUUACAUCAUAUAAAAAUUGGCCAACACAUUUAAGGCAAAAACCGGAGGAACUAGCGAAAGCUGGACUCUUUUAUGAAGGUACCAGCGACUACGUGAGAUGUUUCUACUGCGCAGGAGGUCUACGUGAAUGGGAACCAGAAGACGACCCCUUUAUUGAGCAUGCCAGGUGGUUUCCGUUCUGUGAGUUUAUGAGACUGAUAAAGGAUGACCAGUUCAUUAUGGCGGUUCAAGCAGGAACAAUCAAAGCAGCACCCCAGGAACAAUCGCAAAAACUCGAAGCCCCGAAAAUGAAAUAUUCGUUCGAUGAACCAGCUGUCCUUAGUGUAAUGGAAAUGGGUUACAACGAAGAAACCAUAGCGAAGGCAAUUGAAUUAUUCAGCAAACGACAAGGUAAGACACUGAGUGCUGAAAUACUACUGUCACUUGUUUGGGAGAUAGUGGAAAAUGACGGGGUUGUCUCCGAUGAAGAGCAUGGCAGUAGAGCAAAUGAAAAUGUGCCUGACGUGUUACACGGAGAAGUUGAUGAUAAAAACAGAGACAACGGUGUGUCUUUCGGAGAAAGCAGAGUAGAGGGUUUUAUUGCCACAGAUGUAGUUCAGCUUCAAGAGGAAAACCAAGCACUGCGAGACAGGAAGACAUGCAAGGUGUGUCUCGACGAGGAAGCUAGUAUCGUGUUCCUUCCGUGUGGUCACCUGGUCACUUGUCCGAUGUGUGCUUCAGCCUUGAGGAAGUGUCCAAUAUGUCGGACUUUUAUUAGAGGAACUGUAAAGGCUAUUGUAUCCUAACUGAACUUCAGUGUAUUUGCGAACUAUCAGUAGUUUUAAUAUCUGCCUCUUUGACUGAUCACCUCGCUUAUGCUUAACAGCUGUUUAUCGGAAAAGGAGUGGACUGCUCAGAAAAUGUUAAACCUCAUAUAUACAUUUAUGUAAAUGUAUUGGUAAAGAAGUAAUAAUGAUAGUGCAGACAAUGAAAUUGUCUGUGCAGACACUUCCUUUUUGUCUGCACUGUCCUAAUUACUUUUUGCCCUUAUAUCUAUUUUAGUAAUACGCAUCCAACCAACAUUUGUUGUUCGGAUUCAGUGCCCCUUCUUGGUCAUACUGUCGUUAUUACAACCCUAGCGGUACAUCUUACAUAGUUAUGACUUUUAUUCCAUCUUGUCCUUCGCAAUGUUUGGUUUAUUAAUUAUCUGCUAUAUAUAUACAGGAUGGGCUGAUUACAAAUGUAGAACAUCAUUUUGUAUUUGUAAUACUCUUUAUUUACGUCUGAAAAUGAAAAAGCAGUCAGGAAUGUAGUUUAUUGAAUAUAAGACUUUCGUGGGGUACGACAUCAAAGCGUGGAGAUAUUCAUUUAUGGAAGCAUACACAAUUACAUAUUUUUCAACACGUGUGUGUGGAACCAUAAUUAUGUUCACGACUUGAACAAAUGUGAAUAGCCAAACAAAUUAAUAUCUUCUGUGCAGUUCCAGUUGUGUUUGUAAAUACUCGUAAACUGUGCCAGUGUUGUACUUUUUAAAGACCCCUUUAAGCAGUUUAAACAUUGAAUAUUGAAAAUAAUGUUUAGAAUAUUUCUUUCGGUUUUUGGGGAUUAGGUGUUUAGGUCAUGUGUUUUUUUUGGCGUGUUCUGUAAUAAGUUCUAGCUUUGAAGUUGUUAGUCUAAUGUAAAACCAUCUAAACGUUCUAUUUAUGUAUUGUAAUAUAGAUACAAUUAACGACUUGAUCAACAUGAUGUGAUAUUCAGACGUGUAAUAGCUUUUAGAUAUUUAGUAGGGAAAGUUUAUUAUUUCAACUGUUGUACAAAAUAUUGGACAGUUUAACAGGUGUUAGCGAAUAAACGCGGGUUAUUGAUGUUAGGUCCAUAUGUCAUCUUUAAAAUCAUUCAUCAAAACCGUGUCGUUACAUACCGGUGAUAUGACCACGCGUGUAUUUCAUACACGCGCAACCUUCUAUGGUUUUAGCGUUGGCCUUCUUAUUUUCAUAAAAUAAUCGUAUUGAGGACGAAUCGUAACAGUAUAUACAUGAAGUUAGAAACGUGUGGACAAGUUAAAGUCAACGGUGAAGACAAUUUUAUGAUGCUACAAUAGAGACACCGGAAACGUUCCUAUUUCCGGGAAUUUUUCGAAAUAUGCACCCUGUACAUCGAAAUACCGAACUCCAGUGUUUUGUCAAGAGAAAUAUGCUACUUAUUAAGCACUUUUGACCUAAAAUACCUCCCUUAAACUUCCAAAGUGCUUGAAAUAAGUUACGUCACAUUUCGCCGUACUUUGACCCGCAUUUUGCCAGUGUU